AUGUGGGGUGUUGCUUUAGUCUUACUACUCGCCCUCUCCAGGACCUGCCUAUCUGAGGACAAACUCAAUAUGUGUAUGGAUGCCAAACAUCACAAAGUAAAGCCUGGCCCUGAGGGAAAACUUUACCUUCAGUGUGCGCCGUGGCGUGACAAUGCAUGCUGCACAGCAAAUACAAGCGCCGAAGCGCACAAUGAUAACUCCUAUCUGUACAACUUCAACUGGGAUCAUUGUGGCGCUAUGAGCCCUAAGUGCAAGAGGCACUUCGUUCAAGACACUUGUUUCUAUGAGUGCUCACCCCACCUUGGGCCUUGGAUACAACCGGUGGACCAGGAUUGGCGCAAGGAGCGAAUUUUGAAUGUACCACUGUGUGUAGAGGACUGCAACAUGUGGUGGGAGGACUGCAAAAAUGAUAUGACAUGCAAGGAAAACUGGCACAAAGGAUGGGACUGGAGUUCAGGUAUUAACCACUGCCCUGUUGAAAGCAAAUGCAAAAAGUGGACUGAUAUCUACCCGACGCCUAAAUCCAUGUGUGAACUGAUCUGGUCUAACUCUUACCUGUACACUACACUUCCCAAGACAUCCGGGCGUUGCAUGCAGCUCUGGUUCACUGGGCCAAAUCCGAACACAAAAGUAGCCGAGUAUUACAUUAACAAUACUCAGAAACUCUCUAGUUUUUCAGUCACAUCAAUACUCUUCCUGGUUACCUCGUCUCUUUCUAUGCUGGUGUAA